CUAGCGCCCCUACCGGUUGAAACUUUUUUUUCUUUGGCCUCUGAUUUUUAUUUCCUCUCGUGUUUUUACUUCCUGUUUUCAAAGGGAGUCACACAGCUCUGCUUGUUUCAUUUUAACUUCAGUCGAGUUCUCGUUUUGUUAGUGUCGGUCUUUCAUACUCUUUAAAAGAAAAAGACAUCUUGAAUUGCUUUGCUUGCGUCUUUGAUUAGCUAGGAAUACAGCAAUGCUCCAGUUGUUUCUACCGGGGCCCCUCAUGGAUUUCACGUAGUACCGUAUUUAUUACUUGUUAAACGAGGUUCUUAGCUCUCUCAUUUUUCACAUUUUUUAAAGAUUUUUUUUUUUUCCUCUCAGUUUUUCAUUGCCGGCGACCCUGGAGAACUACCUCUUUCUUUACUUUGUUUUUUUAAUUAUUACAUUCUCUUAUUUUUUGUGUGUAAGUUGUAUUUUAUGUAUUACUGUUAUUAGUGUAAUUAUUAUUUAGUGCCACUGCUGUUUGGGUUAUUUCUUUUUAAACCAUGUCUGACUUUCAGCGCCCAACGCUUUGCUGUUGUCGGAAAGUUUUAUCGAUCCCCAACACCAAAAGCGAGAACAGUAUGCCGGCGAUGGGGCAGUCUCCCCCCGUGGACAUCGCCUCGGCUUCCAACUUCCACAGCUUCACCCUCCGGCAUUUCCAUCUCAGUCUGCAGCUCAAUUUCAGAGAUAAAGAAAUGACGGGCCGUCAGGUACUGGAGCUGUGCUCGACCAAGCCGGACACACAGACACUGGUUCUGGACACGCACCAGUCCCUGCUCAUCCAUUCCAUAGACUGCAAGGUCCACAGCGCCAGCGGAGACCAAGUCUGCACGUCCCUGACCUACCGGGUCGACCCGUUCACCGACUACGGCUCCUCGCUGACCAUCUCCCUGCCCGCCGCCAUCCGACCUCAGCACACUUUCCAGAUUAUCAUUCGCUACAAGACCACCGACGGACCGGCUAUCUGGUGGCUGGACUCGGAGCUGACGUGUGGAAACUCCAAGCCGUUUGUCUUCACACAGGGACACUCUGUCUGCAACCGCUCCUUCUUCCCCUGCUUUGACACGCCCGCUGUGAAGUGCACCUACUCUGCCACUGUGCGGGUACCAGAGGGGGUGCAGGUUCUGAUGAGUGCCACCCGCAGUGCAUACAGCGCCCACGAGAAGGCAUUCCAGUUCCACAUGGAGUACCCCGUCCCUGCAUACCUCGUGGCACUGGUGGCUGGGGACCUCACGCCCGCUGACAUCGGGCCGCGGAGUCGGAUCUGGGCGGAGCCGUGCCUCCUGAACGCAGCGGUCAGUAAGCUGAGCGGUCUGGUGGAGCGCUGGCUCACCGUCGCAGAGAGCCUUUUUGGACCCUACAUGUGGGGAAGGUAUGACAUCGUGUUCCUGCCGCCCUCGUUCCCCAUCGUUGCCAUGGAGAACCCGUGCCUGACCUUCAUCAUCUCAUCCAUCCUGGAGAGCAGCGAGUUCCUGGUGAUUGACGUCAUCCACGAGAUCGCGCACGGCUGGUUCGGCAACGCCGUCACCAAUGCCACGUGGGAGGAGAUGUGGCUGAGCGAGGGCCUGGCCACGUACGCACAGAGACGCAUCACCACCGAGGCCUACGGCUCUGCCUUCACCUGUCUGGAGACAGUGUUUCGUCUGGACGCGUUGCACAGACAGAUGAGGCUGCUGGGAGAUAACAACCCUGUCAGCAAGCUGCAAGUCAAGUUUGAGCCAGGUGUGAACCCCAGCAGUCUGAUGAACCUGUUCACCUAUGAGAAGGGAUACUGCUUCGUGUCCUACCUCUCCCAGCUGUGCGGAGACACCAAGCGCUUCGACUCCUUCCUCAGGGCCUACAUUGAGAAGUUCAAGUUUACCAGCGUGGUGGCUCAUGACCUGCUGGAGUUCUUCCUGGGCUUCUUCCCGGAGCUCAAGGAGCGCUGCGUGGCCAACCGAGAGGGUCUGGAGUUCGAGCGCUGGCUGAAUGCCUGCGGGCCCCCCCUGGCUGAGCCGGACCUCUCUCAGGGGGGCAGCCUGACGGAGCCGGUGGAGUCUCUGUUCCGGCUGUGGACCUCGGAGCCGCUGGACUCGGCUGCUAUCGCGCGGCAAGACCUCUCCACCUGGAGGACCUUCCAGACCGUGCUCUUCCUGGACAAGCUGCUGGACCGCUCGCCCCUCUCGCAUGAGGUGAUGACAAGGCUGUCCCGCAGUUACUCCACGCUGCUCGACUCGAUGAACGCAGAGGUUCGGAUCCGCUGGCUGCAGAUCGUGGUGCGGAACAGCUACUACCCUGACCUGUACAAAGUGAGGCGCUUCCUGGAGAGCCACACGUCACGGAUGUACACGGUGCCGCUGUACGAGGACCUGUGUGGCGGCACCAUGAAGUCCUUCGCUGUGGAGGUGUUCUACCAGACGCAGGCCCGGCUGCACAUCAACCUGCGCAGGACAGUGCAGCAGAUCCUGGCUCAGACCUUCAGCGCCUUUGUGACAGUCCCCACGGCGCCCCCCUCUGGAGACCGGCCUCCCGACACCGCCAUCGCACUCAGGGACGUCAACGUGUUGGCGUGAGACACAGCUGCCAGGGAGUGUCCAGGAGAUCCGUGGAGGGCGCUGGGGGUCCCGGAAAGGAACAGGACGUGGAAUUCGGAGUCCAGGGGUGCACUUCAUACAGCAGCGUUAACCAGCCUCGAGCCUGUACUGCAUCCGCCUCGAUCUGCUGUUCACAACGAGCACUCUCCCCGCGGACCGGUGUGUUUGGGGAGAGCAUACAUUGACUAUCUGAGCUGCUUUCCUGAUCGUAGGCAUGUUGUUGAGCACUGUGUGCAAUACGUGUCUCUGCGGUGCAGGUGUAUUUUGAAGUGUGUCACGGAUUUCACAUCCAACCCCCACCCCACCCCCCAUUAAUAUGCAGACCCUGUUCAUGGGAACCGAAAGACUAAACUAGUCUUGAGCGGCCUGGGAUGUGUUCUGAUCCCUGGGGGAGGUGGACUUUCUGCAAACCUGGUUCUCUAUGUGUGGGUAUGAAUACAGAUUGCAGAUUCCUAGUUAGGAUACAGUAACACAAUUGCAAUAUAAUUAUACUAUGGUUUAAAAAAAAAAAAAUAGAAAACUUGGUAGUAAGUCUUGUUGAGGACUACGGUUAAUUGAAACCUAAAUGCCAUCCUUUGAUUUGAGGUUUUUUUUUUUUUUGGUAUUUAUUGGUGAUCAGAAGUUUUAUAACUGUAUAUAAUAUUUGUUAGAGACAAUAUGAAGAGCCUCGAACUGGUGCUGGAGGAAACCAUUGCUCCCUGUCUCUGGUUGAGAAGGGAUAGGGCUGUGGUCAUGCAAUCAGGGAGUCUACAAACCGUUUAAAACCAGUGCCUUGGUUUGCCCCGCUCCCGUCAAACACCCUGUCCUUCAAGUAAAAGCCCCCUCCAACCCCCCCAUGCAUAGCAGUUCUUGAAGCCACACCCACAUUCUGUGUGUCCACUCAUACCCAGCCCCCCACCUGCAUUCCAUUUCCAGCACCACCCACAUACUGGUUCAGUUCUGAUUGGCCAUGCAGCGCUCCCCAAGCCGUCAUACUUCGCACAUGCCCAGUAGUUAUUCAGGGUGUAGUAAAUAUGGAGAGUUCUCGAUUUUAAUGCCACUUAAGAGGCGGAGUGUCACCAGAAAGAGCAUGAAUUCAACUGGAGCACAGCCUAAUCCAAAGUUAUCGUAGUCCCCUAAGUGAUUAUUCGAGGGCAGAGGUAGCUUUUGAGAAACCCUCUACUCUCCAUCUUUCCCUCACCCAGAUACCCACUAGUUAUUGUGUGUGGCAGUUUAGCCGGAUCAAAAUGCUGAACUUGCUACUGACUCCUUCGCGCUGCAAUGGACAACUUGGCUCAAUCUCAGACAUUAGCUACUAGACGCCACAAAUACAACCAAAACCUGCCCUUCCCCAUCAAGCCACACCCACCACUGCACCCCUCACACAAUUAUCUACUAGAGAAGCCACACCCACAAUAACCAAAACCUGCCCAUCCCCAUCAAGCCACACCCACCACUGCACCCCUCACACAAUUAUCUACUAGAGAAGCCACACCCACAAUAACCAAAACCUGCCCCCCAUCAAGCCACGCCCACCACCGCACCCCUCACACAAUUAUCUACUAGAGAAGCCACACCCACAAUAACCAAAACCUGCCCAUCCCCAUCAAGCCACACCCACCACUGCACCCAGCACCCCUCAAUUAUCUAGGUGUGAGAAAGAUUCCUGAUAAGGGGUCUUGUUAAAAGCUGCGAGAUAUUUGCACAAAAUGAGACACUAGUGUAUUUUAUUUCUUUUGUAUAAAAGACUGAGAAGUGAAAAAGUGCUCCGAUCGGAUAGAAGUUGUUUGUGAAGUCCAAUGUAUUUCAGUGAUUUAUUUUUGUUCUUGUUAAAUCCGGAAGCCUUGCCUUGCUGAGCAUCAGAACCACAGUGCUUUAUAUUGAGGGGGGAGAGUCUACAUUGCAGACCUCAGCAGUGGCUUGUACUGUGACAGACACCCCUUUUUAUUGAGACAGAUCACAGUAAAAUGGCUUCACAACAUUAACAUUCUCGCUCUAAUGAUUAUUGCUGUAGCUCUGAUGCUCCCAGUUUUAUUUCUUUUUUUUUAAAAUUUUAUUUUCCUGUUGGCUAUCUCCUCAACUUGCUUUCAGCUUAAUCCAAUGCUGCUGUAGGAAUGCUGAGCCGCUGGCCAUUGUCCUUGGUGUCCUCUGUGCAAUGGUGUUGCAAGCACACUACACUACUACUAAAACACAUCAGAAUGACAAAGUGGCUGCUAUGUAUUAUUGGUGAAUAGAGGACGUAUUGUGCCGGGUGUGCUUGAAUAGCGUAACUUCAGAUCAUGCAUUUAUUGAGAGAAAAGGCACAAACAGUAAGACAUGCCUUCUAGCAGCCAGGGUGUUGUAUAGAACUACAGGAUGUGGAGGUCUUAAUGGCAGACAUGCGUGUUGUGUUUCCUACAUGUAUGUAACUAGAGAGAAUCCGCGAUCUGUUUGUUUUGAGGGUAGGCAGGUCAUACGCAGGUAACACCGGGGAACGUUUAAACAAAGUGAAGUGCUGCUUGUUUCGGUUUGGUUGAAAUGUUUGAAUGUGAAUGAUUGAAAAACAGCCCCAGAAACAUUCAUGUAAUCCAGCGUUGAAGAGUAAGAAAGCAGCUGCCUUGGGAUCUUUAGCCGUGUGUUUCUUGUACCCUGUUCACACUUGUAUUGGAACGGUACUGGUGCCCUUGCUUUGGGUUUAGAAUAUACCGAUACGAUCCCACCUUCUGUCCUGACUCCCUUUUCAACACCAGUGCAAGACCGAUACUGUUCUGAUUUACCUGUCCACAUGUAGGCUGGUUUCUAUCGAUACACUUAAUAUUCUGUUACACCGAGACGUUCUCCACGCCACUGGUUUUCUGUGGGGACUCUGUCACGCUGCGUGCAAACGGUUGUGGGACAGAGAGCUCGAGAGGAUGUUUAAAAAAUAUAACAAACUUGUGAAGUCUGUUUUGCUCUUUCUCAGGGUGUCUUGAGGAAACACAUAACCCGUGGUAAUGACAACAUACCGUAAUCUGUACGAAAAAUGCACUUUUCUCAGUGCAGUACCAGAGCUGGUGCUUGCACAGAAAACAGUCGGACCGGUGCAAUUCUAAAACUUGGGUUUAUUGGUAUUAGCUGUCAGUUUUUAUAUGUGGUUGUUUGUUUUUAUUUUUUUUUAUAUAUUUUUUUAACAAUUGAUUCGAGUUUCACUUCGAUCUUUUGCUACUGUAACGUGUAUGUAACUAAUAAAACAAUACAUUAAUAAAACAAGCAUGACGGAAAUAAGUGGCGUUUAAAUCUUGGUAAUAUCUUUGGUGUCGGUGUGCUGUGCAUGCAUCAGACUCAUCCAUUCCGUUGUCGUUUCUGAUCCACCUACACUUGAUCUGCUCCGAGUCAUAUGUACGAUGCCGGUAACAACUCCAGUGUGAACAGACGUUGUGAUGCGGUUCUGCAACGAUACCGGUAUAAAAAUGCAAGUGUGAACAGGGCUUUUGACUUUGCACAUGCGGCUUUGCUUGUGUGUCAUGAUUUUUAGAAUUCGCAUCACGUGAAGUUCUUAACUUCCGCGUACAGGUAGAUGCCUAUCAUUGCUGGGUUCGGAUGCAAACUCAAGGUAUAUACUGUGUAAUGCUAGUAGUGUUCGAUUUAUGCAUUUGCUAAGCCUGAAACAAAUUCUCAGUGACCCGUCAGUGUGCUUUCUUUUUUUUAAAUCACUUCCAAGUCUGUGCCUCGCUGCCGGUGGAAAUGAACCCUGCACAUUACAAGCUCGGGAGCAUCUCAGCAACGCGGGGCAGUGGAAACAGAUCUUGAGAUACCUGAGAUCAUGGCUGAACAGCCCCCAUUUCUAGAGCAGUGGAAUAGCAGUCAGCACAAGGAGGGCACAGGGCUAGAGUCGGCUUCCUGGUAAAAAGCUAAAGAACGCAAUGCAUUGACAGGCACGCUGCCGCUGUACAGAUCCAGCUGCUCCUGUGCUGUCUGCAUGGAAAGCGGGUGGAGACGAUGCCUGCGCGGCCUCGCUGGUCACUGACGCUGUCUGCACGGCCUCGCUGGUCACUGACGCUGUCUGCAUGGAAACGGGUGGAGACGAUGCCUGCGCGGCCUCGCUGGUCACUGACGCUGUCUGCAUGGAAAGCGGGUGGAGACGAUGCCUGCGCGGCCUCGCUGGUCACUGACGCUGUCUGCAUGGAAAGCGGGUGGAGACGAUGCCUGCGCGGCCUCGCUGGUCACUGACGCUGUCUGCAUGGAAAGCGGGUGGAGACGAUGCCUGCGCGGCCUCGCUGGUCACUGACGCUGUCUGCAUGGAAAGCGGGUGGAGACGAUGCCUGCGCGGCCUCGCUGGUCACUGACGCUGUCUGCAUGGAAAGCGGGUGGAGACGAUGCCUGCAUGGAAACGGGUGGAGACGAUGCCUGCGCAGCCUCGCUGGUCACUGAUGCUGUCUCUUCUCAGUUCUGUUUGCCAGCAUUAACUACUACAGGGAAUUAAAAGCAAACUCUACUUUUAAAUAUAAUCAUGCAUGCGCAGUUAGCAAGGUCACCCAGCUGUGGAUCGAUGAUGAUGAUUGAAAGGACAGUUAGCCUGACCCACCGGAUGUGCCUAACACGGACUGACCGCACACCUGUCAUAUUUCCUCUUGUUGUUUCUUAAAGAUUUUAUACCAGUUCAGUAUAUUACAUAUAUUUAAAAAAAAAUAAAGUAAAUAUUUUUCCUGUUCUAUUAAA